CACUAGAGGGCAGUACAAAUCGGCGUCAAAUUUUUUGUGAUUGUCAGUUUUGUGCAUUUUCAUCAGUUUUGCGUAUUUUUGUGGAUAUUUCUGCUUAAAAAGUGUUUUUAGAGGCUCAUUGAAAGUUUCAGCAGGAAGGAUGGAUAAAAAGCGUGUAACGCGAGGCUCAUCGGAUUCCCAUAGUAGAAAAGGCAGUUCGAAAUAUGUACCCGGGAAGCGUUCUCCAUCUCCGGAGAUAAUUAGAAAGUACCCACCUAGGAGAUCCCCCGGAGCGAAGCGUUCUCUAUCUCCGGCUAAAGGACGGAAAGCAUCGAAAUCUCCGCGACGUGAUGAGAAGAGGCGUUCGAAGGAGGACACCAAGAGGAAAUCUUCCCCGUCUGCUUCGCCAAAGGUGGGACGCAAGAAGGGGCAAGUUUCGCCAAAAUCAGCGGAAAAGCUGGAACUAAAGACAACGGGAUCCACUUCGUCCGUCUCAACUCAGUCUACGAGCAAAACACUCACUCUAUCCACGGGAGCCGAUUCUGAUCUCAAGGCAGCAAAGGUUCUAUCUGCAAGAAUGUCUCAGGAACCGCGAACGCUUACACCAGCAUCGGAAUUGUCCCACAGGAGUGUCAGUCGUUCUGUAAGUCAGAGUGUUGAACGCUUCUCACACGCUGAAUUCUCAGACAAUGAAAAUGACUAUGGCAAAGAUUCAAGCUAUGAUUUUGGGAAUGAUUUGGCAAAAUCUUACAUUCAGAGAGGCAAAAGUCUCUUGUUGGCUGAUAAACUCGUGGCUGCUGGCAAUAUUGGAGCUGCAAUUUAUCUCAUCCUUAUUCCUGGAUUAACUCUUGUUCUCACGUACCUGUGUCUCACACGAGGAUGCCCCGUGAAACUUCCCAAUUGGAAUCAAUUUCAAAAGUUGGACACUUACAUCAACUACGAACUAGCAGGAAUUUAUGUGUCCUUCACAAUUCUUGCGGCUACUUUGGGAUCUUUCCCACUGGGGAGAAUUGUCAACAUCUUCACGGAACGCGGAGAGAAUAUCUACUAUUUCAAUGGAUUGGCCACAGCAUUGAUUACAUUCAUUGCCAUAUGUACAGCGGAAUACUUCAAAUAUCCCAUUGUUGAAUUGAUCUACAAGAACCUCUUCCAGCUUUGCAUCCUUGCCAUUCUCAAUGCCUUUUCUCUGGCUUCCUGCCUCUAUCUCCGUGCCAAGAGAACACCUGAGUACUUGUGGAAUCCCCAGGGGAAGACUGGAAAGACUCUUGUGGACUUUUUCCUCGGCAGAGAAGUCACACCCCUCUGGUUUAAUCGCAUUGACAUCAAGCUUGUCCAAAAUCGCAUCUCAACCAUCUUAGCGCUCACCAUUGCUGGUAUUUUCUUCUACAAAAGUGUUCAUUUUCAACCGAAGAAGAAGCUCGUUGAAGGAGAAAUAACAUUUUUGGAGGAAGUUGUUUCGAUCGUUGAAACAAUUCGCUUCAAUGAAGCUGGUGCCCUUGCUUCAGGACUUCUGAUUCUCUACCUUCUGGAUGUGUUGCUACAUGAACAUCAUUUGACCAGUUCUUUCGAUUUACAAUACGAAGGAGUUGGAGGACUUUUGCUGACAAGAUAUGCCACCUUUCCAUUUUUGAUCUCUAUGCUGCCAAAGUUUAUCCUCGAACAGAGGAUUAUUAAUCCACCGAGAUGGAUUCUUGCCACUGUUGCAGUUCUCUUUCUCGCUGGUGUUAUCGUGAAGAGAAUCAGCAACAAAAUUAAAUAUGAAUACCGAUUGAAUCCUCUACAUGUAAAAUUUGAUGAAAUUGGAACAAUUCCAACCCACCAAAAUAAGCGUCUGAUCAUCUCUGGCUUCUGGGGUGUUGUACGUCAUCCAAACUACCUGGGAGAAAUUAUCUCGCUGCUCUCACUCUUGCCAUUGCUGUAUUUGAAAUUCUCCUGGAUCCCAGCCAUUUCAGUCGUCUACCUCAUCAUUUUCUUUUGCCAUCGCGCCAUUCGAGUGGAUGAUCGCAACAGGACACGCUACAUCUCCGCCUGGACACGCUACACUACACUCGUGCCCAAAAUGGUUGUGCCCAAAGUGUUUUAAAAGACGCAACACAAGCCAUAUGCAUCGCAUUGGUAAGUACAUUAAUUGAAAAUAAACAAAGGAACAUCUCCAGUUAAUUUUAAUUUUCGGGCAAAGUGAACGGAAAGUGAAUCUUUAGAAUGUAAUUUUAUUUUUGUCUUAAUUGUAAGUUUUCUCUUUAAAAAAAUAUAUAUCACUUUUAGAUUAGAUUUUAAUCAAAAAUAAUAUUUUAUAUAUAAUUCAAUUUGAAGUGAAUAAUUUUUAUAAAAUAGGUAACUAAUAUAAAAUAAUUUUUAAAAGAAAAUACAAAAAAAUACUUUUCAUUUUAGUAAGGUGUUGUAGGAAAAGGUAAACAGCUAAAACGAAAAGAAUCACAACAUGAAAAUGUAUUUUUUUGUUUUAAAUUUUACAGAAUAAUACUUUUAACACAAUUCACAAGUUUUUAAAUAAGGAAUUUAUUUAAUGAUGAAAGCAAAGGAAGAAAAACGAAACGGGGUGAAAAAUCGCAUAAAUCCGCGUAAAGAAGUUGAGUGCCAUGAAGAGUACAAAAUUUUUUUAAAUACAUUAAUUAAAUAUUAAACGAAAAGGAAAAAAAAGAAAAAAUCGAAUAAUUGAAUGACAAUUAACAAUUAAUUUUGUUCUCUUUAUAUUUUUUUCUCUCUAACACUAACAAUAUUUUUCAGUUUUUUUUAUUAACCCUUCAGUAAUUUUUAAUUUUACAGUCACGAGAUAUUUUUUUUUCUUAACAUAAAUUAAGUCUCUCGUGCUUCUCUUAAAAUUAAGAGAAAUUAAUUUGUUGGUUUUUUUGGCUAAAUUGGAUCGGGGUCGGAUUGGCGCUUUCAAUUUUAUUUCAAAAAUUAGACAAAUAAUAUUUUUUUCAAUAAGAAAACAUUUUCAAAUAUUUGAGGCUCAACAUGAAAAGCAGAAUUUUAAUUUUAGAGAAUAAAAACUCACUGAGAGAAUUAUUUUUAGCCAGUAAGGAUUUUGUGUACUUUGCAUUUUUUUUAUUUUUGAUCCGGCCUUGGCUUUAAAUGAUUUUUUUGUCACACGAAUAAUAGAAAGUAGUUUUUUUAAAUAAUGUAUAAAUAAGACAAUUUAGUGUAAUAUUUUUCUCAUAAAUAUCAUUUAAAAGGUGGAAGAGAUUAAACGCAAAAAAAAGAAAUGAUAAUUUAUUAAGAUAAGGAUUAAGGAAAGUUUUUAUUUAAGGAUGAAUUUACUUUGGAUGAAGCUUAGAAUGUAAGUUGCAAAUUAACUAGGGCAAUACUUAUAUUUUACAAAAGAAAAAAAAAUGAAACCACCUCCCUUUUAGUAAAGAAAUAACAGCGAUCGAUUUUUUAACGUAAUAGGAUAAUUUUUUUUAAAGAUUUCCUUUUGUGUGCUAUUAUUUUCUUGUAAAUAUCAAAACACAAGAAGGAUUCAAAGGCAAACGACCACCCAGUUAAAGGAUUUGAAAAAAAAGAGUGUGUUUUAGAUUUUAGAUAGUAAGAGAGUUUUCUUUUUAAUAUCCUUAAGAGUUCUCUACAAAAAUAAGGACUAGUUUCAAAAUUUCUUAUAAUUGUAAAUAUAAAAUGAUUUUCUGUCAA